AUGGCAACUCUCAGGAGGUUGAGUAUCUUUUGUGGUUCCCAAGGAACUCCAGCUAUGUUCCUCCGAAGCCUGGUGGUGAGACCCACUCACGUCUCAGCAUUUCUCCAGGACUGGCCUUCCUCAGGAUGGUGUGGAGUGCAGCAUAUUCACCUGUCACCAAGUUGCCACUCUGGUUCCAAGGCUGUAUCCCUCCAGUGGACUGGUGAGAGAGUUGUCAGCGUUUUGCUCCUGGGCUUGCUUAAAGCUGCUUAUUUGAAUCCAUGCUCUGGAAUGGACUACUCCUUGGCUGCAGUUCUGUCUCUUGAUAGUCACUGGGGCCUUGGACAAGUUGUUACUGACUAUGUGCAUGGGAAUAUGCCACAGAAAGCUGCCAAGGCAGGCCUUCUGGCAUGCUCGGCUUUAACCUUUGCUGGGCUUUGUUAUUUCAGCUAUCAUGAUGUGGGAGACCAGGGGGAAGCACCUGGCUCCUGGCUUUGGAUCUGUGCAGCGCGCUGGCCAUAGCGGCCAUUUCAGGGGUGAACCAAUGGAAGGAAGACCUUUCUCUCUGUCUCUCUCUCUCACUGUCUAACUCUGCCUGUCAAAAAAAAAAAAUUGAUUUUAUGCCUCUGCUUUGUCAUGCAUUCAACUCACCAAAAGGAGGAAGUAACAGAUUAAGGCCAUGGGUGUACAGACUUGUCCCAAUCACAUGGUUAUUUUCAGAAUUUAAUCAUUGAGAAAAAGAUUUGAGAAUUGCUAGCUAACAAGUUGCGAGACUGAGUUCUGCAUUCUGGUAAGUUGUUGCCCAGUUUCUCAUGAGACUCGCAGUGUAACUAAGCAUUGUUUAUGAGCAUUUGCCUUUUAAUUUAUCAAUCUCUUAAAGGGAACUGAACUUUACUACUAUCAGUACAAGAUCAGACUUCCAUAUUUGUCCUAGGAAUAAAGGACAAAAGGAAUGACUUAAUUCAUGAGUAAAGACUGUGGAAAAUUAGUGCUGACUAUUUGCAAACCUCCCUCUCUGUUCAGAUGAUAGCAGCUACUGAUGGUUACAUGUCCCAGGGAAAUCUCAAAAUUAGGAAAUGUUGAUAACGCACAUUACAGAUUUCUAAAUCCUACAAAGAAAAGCUUAGAAAACUUCAUCUAAAGAAGUUCCAUUUGGAAAGAGAUCCUCCUGGUAGAUGUAUUAAAAUGCUUCAAAUUCUAA